GCGGGACUAAAGAAAUAUAUUACUGAAUGACCCACCCUCUUCCUCAUUGUGGCGAGGAGAAAGCGGCUUGGCAUAACACAUCUGCAAAGAUGGUGAAGAUCUUCAUUGGUAAUCUGCCUCAGCAGGCAGAAGUAGACGAAUUAAAGUCUCUGUUUUCGCAAUAUGGAACAGUCACUGAGUGCGCCAUUAUCAAGAACUUUGCAUUCGUCCACAUGGAUGAUCGCAAAAGUGCCACAAAGGCUAUCAAAAACCUUCAUUUGUACAAGCUGCAUGGAACACCCAUCAAUGUUGAAGCAAGUCGGGGCAAGAACCAGGGUCCAGUGAAGCUUCACGUUGCCAAUGUGGAGAAGGGAACCGAUGAUGAACUCAGAGCACUGUUCGAAGAUUAUGGCACCGUUGCAGAGUGUGCCAUAAUUAAGAACUUUGCCUUCGUACACAUGAACAACUCUGAUGAAGCCAUGGAUGCCAUCAAAGGGUUGGACAACACUGAAUUCCAAGGCAAACGAAUUCAUGUGCAGAUUUCCAAGAGCCGACCAAGAGGAGAGGAGGAUGACUAUGGUCACCCUGAUGCUGGAUACUGGCCACCCCGUUACCCCGGUGAACGCCCAGAGCCCCCUGGUUAUCCUAGGGGACGCUAUGGGUACCCCCCUGGCCCUCCUCCACCCCCGCCACCUCCCCCGCCCAGACGCUCCCCAUACCCAGAUCGUGCUGCUCCAGCAUACGAGCGCCAACGCGAUGUGGUUGACUAUUAUGAGAAGUACCGCGCUCGUCCUUACGGUGUCGCAUAUGAUGACCGUCGUCCAGGCGGCAUCCCCCCACCCCCUCCGCCCCCAUCUUCCGCUAUAAUGAGAGAUCGAAUGCCUGGCAAUGGCCUUGACCCCUAUGAGCGACGCCCCCUCCCACCCCCGCCAGCUUCAUUCUAUGCACGAGACCGCAGUCCCAUCAGACGCGCUCCUCCUGCCCCUCCGGCACCCGCAGGAAAUGGUUACUCAUAUGAGCGUUCUCGUCUCUCCCCCGUCUCCAUGUCUCGGGCCCCGAUGUACAGCGUGCCUCGGCCCAGAGACCCCUAUGCUGACAGAGCGGCGCCUCCUCCACCACCUGCGCGCUACUAUUAGAGUGCACACCUGUGCUUUUGUAACCCAAGGUGUAAAUUAUUCAACAAGAUCGUCGUCGUCGUCUCCAGGUGCACGUCCCGCGAUACGUCUUUGUCUGCCAGAGCGCGUUGCGUUCGCCUGCGCACCAUAGUGGAAGAGUUCUGUUGCGGACUGCACAUUCUAUAAAACAACCGCUUUUACACGCUUAAAAUCGUCCUCAUGAUAAAUUGUCAAUUCUGCUAUUUUUUUUAUUAUUUUGCCUUUGUUUUUAUUGUUUAGCUUUUUAUAGGUGAGUGCAGCACUAAGCCAGAUUACGUAAAUUAGGUUAAUUUGCUGGUUUAAAGAAUAAACCCAUUUAAGGGUAAGGAUAAGAGUUUCUUUCAAAGAACACAUGUAUCACACUGUACCUUUUAUCUUUAAAAUCUGGAUGAGUUCUUUUGUUAUCAAUCUACUGUAACAUGCGCUAUGACAGAGUUUUGAUUCAGAGCUAAAAAUACAUUUGUGUAUAAAAUUUCUUUUUCCCUCUCCUUUUCCUCUCCAAUACAUUUGUUAGUGCGGCAUGCAAGUACGAAUACAGUCUCCGCAGCAAUAAAACAUUUUCGUUUACUGGCUUAUUGAAGUUGUGCUGUAAGUGUGUAUUUUAAUUGCAGAAUAUCGCAGUUCAAAGACUUUGUAUCUUUUUCUUUCAUAGGGACAGUUGAAAGUUUUAAUAAAAAGACUGGAACAUGGAUCGUCGUUUUGCUUUUUUUGCCAACCUGUUAAAUUUGCCUAAAAGGGCAUAGAAGUUACCAAGCAACCUGGUUAUUGAAAUAUUCGCAUUAGAAUUCAUAACCCCUGGUUAGCAUUACGAAGUAUGGGACUGCAUCUGCGGCGAAAUUCCUAUCAUUCUAUCGACACUUCGUCUGUAUUUGCAAUAAACCAGUGGCGUCUAAAUUUAUGUACUCAAUGAAAUCGUUUAGAAUCAAGUCUAUGGACUUCCCAAUAUUUUCAUAAACAAUCAAUGGUUCUUUUAUAAACUUAAUGUAUGAUUUAUGCCAGGUAAGUUACUUGAUGUAUCAAGGUUAAGCAUGCAUUUUAUCUUGAUUGUAACAAGGUGUAGGUUUAUAAUGCAUAUAGCCGUACUGCAUCUACAAGUUACUUUGUAAAAUAGACUUGAUUCAGGCUGGCCUCCAUGAUUAAGGGUAAGUUUUAUGUGAACAGUUAAUGAUUUUUCCCCCCAUUUUAUUCUGUCUUGUGCAAAUACUGCAAUAAAAAUAUAUAAAGAUG